GAUUACCCUCCUCGGACGAGCCCGCUUCCCAAAAACCCCAAUCCAGCAGCAAAUCCUUUUCUGGCAUCUCAAAAUAUAUGUUUGAAUGAUCAUAUUUUCAGUGCCUUAUUCAAGAAAUGAUGGCCACAACAAUCCCAACUCACUUCAAACUCAAGCCUCCUUAUCUCCAACAGACUCCUUUGAACACCUACACGGAAGUCACUCCAACAGUUAGAGCCACAAAACUCAAACGAAGAAAAUCCUCAAUCUCUUCUUAUACUACUACCCGUUUUCAUAUUACUUCUAAUAAUGCCGCUUUUAAGCUCAAACCUUUCUCUUUCCGUUCAGUGCUUGCAAGGGUCUGCAGUGAUGGUGGUAGUGGUGCCACUCCACAACAAGAGCAAAGUAAAAUUGAGGAAAGAAACCAUAGUUCAUCUAGUUUUGGCGACAGCUAUGUAGCCUUGUUUGUUCGGAUGCUUGGGCUAGACAAUGAUCCACUUGAUAGAGAGCAAGCAAUAGUGGCACUAUGGAAAUAUUCUCUAGGAGGAAGGAAAUGCAUCGAUAACAUCAUGCAAUUUCAGGGGUGUGUCAAUCUUACAAUAAAUCUUCUUAAUUCAGGAUCCAGCUCUACAUGUGAAGCAGCAGCUGGCCUUUUGCGAUCAAUAUCUUCAGUUAAUGUAUACAGAGAUGUGGUAGCGGAGAGCGGAGCAAUAGAGGAGAUAACUGGUUUGCUCAGUCAACCUUCCUUGGCAUCUGAGGUAAAGGAGCAAAGUAUAUGCACUUUGUGGAACUUGUCUGCAGAUGAGAAACUCAGAGUGAAAAUUGCAAAUAGUGAUAUCCUGCCUUUACUCAUUAAGUCGCUGGAGGAUGAGGACAUAAGAUUGAAGGAAGCAGCAGGAGGGGUUUUGGCAAAUUUGGCUCUGACCCACUCUAACCAUAAUACUAUGGUUGAAGCUGGUGUCAUUCCCAAGUUGGCAAUAUUCUUAAAAGCUGAUAUUGAAGAUGAGCUCAAGGUCAUUAGGAAAGAAGCAAGAAAUGCCCUUGUGGAACUUGCUAAGAAUGAAUACUUUAGAAUCCUUGUCAUAGAAGAAGGUCUGGUUCCUGUCCCGCUGAUUGGUGCUGCUGCCUAUAGGUCAUUUAGUCCAGCUUUGCAUUCUUGGCCUAGUUUACCUGAUGGUACAGAGAUUGAACGGACUUCUACGGGCCGUUCAAGGUUUGGUGCUUCAGAAUUGCUCCUUGGAUUAAAUAUUGAUGACAAUAAUGCAAACAUAGAGGAAGCAAAGGUUAAAGCAAUAAUUGGACGGUCAAAGCAACAAUUUCUUGCUCGUUCUGGGGCUAUUGAAGUGGAAGAUGCGAAACCAUCUGAAACUGAAAAGCCUACUGAUCGUCAAUUUACGCUUCUCCCAUGGAUGGACGGUGUGGCCAGAUUAGUUUUAAUUCUUGAACUUGAAGAUGAAUCAGCCAUAUGUAGAGCUGCAAAUGCAAUUGCUGAUGCAUCUAUUAAUGAACAUAUGCGGAAUUCAUUCAAGGAAGCUGGGGCAAUUAAGCAUUUAGUUCGGCUCUUAAAUCAUAAGAAUGACGCUAUCAGAUUUGCUGUCAUUGGUGCUUUGGAGAGUUUGUCUGCCAGCAAUUGUGUUCGUCAGAUAAUUGAAGCUGAAGAUGUUAUGUCUCACUUGGUUUACAUCUUUAAGAACUCAGAGACCUCUGAAAUUAUGAUGGAAAAGACCUUGAAUUUGCUAGAGCGAAUAUUAGAACCUAGCAAAGAAAUGAAAUCAAAGUUUUAUAAUGUACCAAUAAACGGAUCUACAAGGGAGUUAGAUGCAGUCAACGGCCUGGAUGCUUCUUGUGGAUUAACUACAAAAACAGAUACCAGAAAAGAUGUUCUGGACUCCUCCGUCAUUAGUCGCCUUGUUGAGAUGCUGAAGCACUCAUCCUCAAAUUUACAAAGAAAAGCAGCUGCUAUCCUCGAGUACGUGGCAAUGAUUGAUGGAAGUAUGGAUGCAAUCAUCUCAGAAAAUAUUGAAUCUGGUCUGGAUGCUGUUUUCCAACAAAAAGUGUUGAGUGAAAUAGAUUCUGAGAUUGAAAAUGAGCAGCCAGAAGUAUAUGCCCUUCAGGUUGAAGAAGCUGGUCUUGCAAUAUCCGCAGCAUCCCGGUUACUCACAAAGCUUCUCGAUUCAGAUCAGUUUUGUCGCACUAUAAACUCCACCCAUUUCACUAAAUUGCUACGUAAAACGCUUAAGUCAAACAUUCCUCUUCAUUACAAGGAUUGGGUUGCUGCUUGCCUGGUGAAACUAAGCUCUAAACAUGGUCCUAGCAGCCUAGAAUUUGAGAAUCCGAUCAACAUGGAAGUAACACUUUAUGAAACCAUCCCGAGAUUAAUAGAGCAGAUAAGUUCUACCUUCUCUGCAGAAGUACAGGAAGCUGCAGUUAUAGAACUCAACAGAAUAAUUUCCAAGGGAGUGGUAGAUGCUACUCAAGCUGUUGCUUCUGCCGGUGGGAUAUUUCCAUUAGUGAAGCUAAUAGAAACAGGAAAUGAGAGGGCCGUUGAAGCGUCAAUGUCUAUCCUGUAUAAUCUGAGCAUGGAUGUUGAGAAUCAUUCAACAAUUGUAGCUGCCGGGGCAGUGCCAGCUUUGAGAAAAAUUAUUCUAUCACAAAGGCCACAAUGGAACAGAGCCUUGCAUUUGCUAAGGAAUUUGCCUACAUAAUGAGACAAUGCACAGACGAUUUGCUGAUUGUGUAUAUUUACUUGAACCAUGAUCAAUUUUGGUCCCUUUUGUACAACUACAUCGAAAUUUAGUGGUAAUACUUAUAACAGAAACAUUAUACACGUUUAAGUCUGAUUGGUUUUGUCGUAUUAUAUUUGCAAUUAUAAUGUCAUUUUGAAA